CCAAGGUAGCCCGCGUCGUUGGCUGCUGACAGUGGCAUACAUGUCGCACCACAUGCCACUCUGAGAUACUCUUUUGGGUCCGCCUCACCUUCCUUCACACCCUCAGAGUCACGUUCACACGGAGUUUCUGGCUAGAAUUCUUGACGAUGGCGACGAUAGCGCCCGAGGAGAGCCUUGAGGCCUACCGGCGCCGUCUUGAUGGGGUUGCCUAUUCGACGUACAUACUCAUCAUGAUCCUCGUCCCAUUGAAACUCUAUUGUCGAAAGAGAUCUGGGGGUUGGAAGAACAUUCGCUUGGACGAUUACAUGUCAAUCAUUUCGUUAUUAGUCGCCAAUGGGUUUUUCUACGUCUGCAUCAUUGGUAUGCGCAAAUCUCUCGGAAUGCAUGUUACCUCAAUUCUCGACCCGUUUCAGAUUAUCGACUUCUUGCGAAACGUGUUCAUUGCGCAGCUGCUCUACGUCGUUGGAAUUGCUACGAUCAAGUUCACAGUCCUGGCGUUCUACUGGAGGCUUUUCGCCGUUAAUGCUCGUAUCGCAAUCUACAUUGUGACUUUCAUGGCGGUGGGAUGGCUGAUCGCUUUGAUCUUCCUCGUCGUCUUUGCUUGCCUUCCCGUCCAGGCUUCAUGGGACAUCACCAUUACAGACGCAAAGUGCGUCGAACUCCGCUCCAUUUACAUCGGCGGUUCGGUUCCCAACGUCAUCACCGAUCUCAUCCUGGUGUCGAUGCCGCUUCCCUACGUGUGGCGAUUGCAUGCUCCUCUCGCACAACGCAUCGUUCUGGCCGGCAUGUUCGCACUGGGUACGUUCAUCGCCGUGGUAUCGCUCGUUCGCCUAAUCAUCUUCCUGCAAAUCCCCAUCGGGACUUCGGGUGAUGUAACGUACAACUUCCGCGAGAUCAUCAUCUGGUCCAUCGUCGAGAUCAACAUCGGCUUAACGUGCGCCUGCCUGCCCAGCUUGAAGCCCGUGCUCUCCAUGCUCGGUCUCAACAAGCUGUUCUCCUCCAAUGGUUCGCGGCCCUCCAACGUGAAAUCGCCGGGCCCAAGCAGCAAUUUCCCCUCGCAUCGCGGCACCGGAGCGUCAUCACGGGUGCGCAAGAAUAAGGCCAACCAUGGCCUGUUCUCUACGCUCGCCGGUUUAACGAAGAUUGAAUCCGACGAGAGCGUUCAUAAGAUAAUGGGCGACUCGCACGGGAAGAAUAACGUGGAGAUUGAGAUGUCGAGGCUUAGCAAUGAUUCGUCGCAGAGGAAUGCGCCACAGGGAGGUAUCAGCGUGCAGAAGGACUGGAGUGUGUUCGUGGACGAGAGGACGACUCAUGACCGAGUGUAAAGGCUGAUGUUUGUCGGGAGAACGCUUCUUGAAAAAGUAUACAAAAGCUUAGGGAAAUGUAUAAUAGAAACGGGCUAUAGAUAAAUGAACAAGGCGAUAAACGUG